GUGAGACCUUCAAAGUGGUUUACAAGUUUGGUGGCGAUAGAUCAAAUUACCUCAACAUUUUUUCGCUUGCAUUUAUAAAAAUGAGAAAUCGCUUAAUAAAAAAAUUUUACUAUAAAUUUUGAUUUAAAAACUUAACAGAAAUGCGGCACUCAGUAGUUUUGCGCAGCAUCUGCCUACAAAUUUUGUUUUGCGGCGCGUGCUUAGCUGGUUAUUUGGAGCAAAAGUAUCCGGCGUCAGUGGUGGAAGAUACCACCCUAGAUAUGGUUGGUUUGACUCGCAAAUACCACUAUCCCUUGGAGGCGCACUACGUCACCACUCAGGACAAAUAUAUUUUAUGUGUCUUUCGCUUACCACGUCCCAAGGCGCGUCCGGUCUUUCUUAUGCACGGCCUACUGGAUAGCUCGAUCACUUGGCUAUUGAGUGGACCUUGGAGUGCUUUGGGCUACUAUCUGUACGAUUUGGGCUAUGAUGUCUGGAUGGGCAAUGCUCGUGGCAAUUUCUAUUCACGCAAUCACACCUAUUAUAAUCCCAAUGUUGAUAGAUCAUUUUGGCGUUUCAGCUGGCAUGAAAUUGGGAUGUAUGACUUACCAGCCAUGAUCGAUUAUAUUCUGCACGAGACAGGCUUUGAUAAGUUGGCAUAUUUCGGACACUCGCAGGGCACCACAUCCUUCUUCGUAAUGACUUCCAUGCGUCCCGAAUAUAACGAAAAAAUCACCUUAAUGAGCGCUCUUGCACCGGUAGCCUUUAUGAAAAACCUCGAAGCGCCAUUAAUGUUCCUUUUACGGAAUUUCAUAGCCAUUUCGGGCAAUGCGAUCUACGAAUUUUUACCACGCAACGAUUUAUGGAGAGCCUGCUUUCGCUCUAAAAUGACCGAAGACACUUGCUUUGAUUAUGUAUAUCAAAUUGUGGGCAGAGAUCCCAAAAUGUGGAACGCGACAAUGGCGCCCGUUUACGUUGCUCAUCUUCCCAGUGGUUGUAAUCUCAAACAGGUCAAACACUACUUACAACUCGUCGACUCCGGACGAUUCUGCCAGUACGAUUACGGGCCAGCUGAGAAUCAGAAGCGCUACAACAGCACAAAACCGAAGGAGUAUCCACUUAAGAAAAUCACUGUGCCCGUGGCGCUCUACUACACUUACAAUGACAAUCUUAGUAGUUACAAGGAUGUGAAACAGCUGGCAAAGGAGCUGCCAAAUGUGGUUGAAAAUUGUUUAUAUCCCAAUAAGAGAUGGAAUCAUAUGACAAUUAUUUGGAGCGCAGAAGCUCACGAAUUGGCACACAAACACAUGGUUGAGGUGAUGAGGAAAUACGAGCCGCCCAUCAAUCAAACAGUAUAAAUAUUUCCGUCUUACGCUGAACGCUACUUGUCUUUCGAUAGGACUAUAUUUGUGUAUGUGUGUGUAAUAUUAAUAUAUCAGUUUGGGGAUAAAGAAAUCCAUUAUUUUUGCGUAGAAUUUUUGCUUAAAACUGUUUUAUGGUCGAUCUUUAGCUAAUAGGCGAUGCUACGAUUAC